AGCAGGGCACCGUCAGUCUGGGCUGGAGGCCCCGGGAGGAGAAACCCAUGCAGAAGCGCUGAGCGGAGCUCCGGCGCCGGGCUUUGAGCUCCGGGGUGCAGCGAGCGGCUCCGACCCACCUACCCUCCAACUUCAUUCUGCGGGAAGCUUUAAGGGUGAAUGCGGCUCAUGUUUUUUUAGGGCGAUCGGACGGCAGACUCAGCGGAGAUCGACUGUAGUUGCUUGUCAGAUAAACUGUAACGUUAGAGUUGCAGAAUGGAUGGAUUUUGCGACCAACAAGUGCCUUACGUGACUACCAAUAAGCCACAAGGGAAGAAAUGUAAUGAGAGAACGGCAAAUGACAGAAAAAGAAAAUUCAUUAACUCUGACCUGGCUCUAGACACUGAAGAACUCUUUCAGGACCUCAGUCAGCUGCAGGAGACCUGGCUUGCUGAAGCUCAAGUCCCUGACAAUGAUGAGCAAUUUGUUCCAGACUUCCAGACCGAAAACUUAGUGGCUUUCCACGGACUGCAGCUGAAGAUCAAGCGGGAGUCGCAGAGUCCCUGCCUGGAGCUGAGCCACGCCUGCAGUCAGGACCGACCCUUUAAGCUGAGCUAUGGGGAGAAGUGCCUGUUCAACAUCAGUGCCUAUGAGCCGAAGCCUAGUGCAGGAAUGAAGCCCUCCAGCCCAGCGACCCCCUGCAGCACCCCCGUGUCCCCACUCCAGCAUGCCUCCCCAAACACCGCACCCACCCCCAAACCUGAUCGGACGUAUCCCCACCUGCCUCCCUCACAGCCCCUCCCAGAUACAACCUUCACCAUGGACCACAGGUUUCGACGGCAGCUGUCCGAGCCGUGCCACUCGUUCCCCACGCCGCCCUCUGCGUCCCAGGACGGACGCCCGCUGUACCACAGGCAGAUGUCGGAACCGAACAUCCCGUUCCCCCCGCAGGGGUUCAAACAAGAAUAUCCAGACCCCCUGUUUGAGCAUCCCGCCAUGAUGGGGGCACCUGUGGGCCAGAGCUACCCCCACUCCAUGAUGAUCAAACAGGAACCUCGGGACUUCACCUACGACACAGAAGUGCCUAGCUGUCAUUCUGUAUACAUGAGACAAGAAGGUUACCUGGCUCACACCAACAGGACCGAUGGUUGCAUGUUCGACAAAGUUGCCAGGCAUUUCUACGAUGACACCUGCGUCGUUCCGGAAAAGCACGAAGGUGACAUUAAACAGGAGUCUGGCCUGUACCGCGAAGGGCCCACGUACCAGCGCAGAGGGUCACUCCAGCUCUGGCAGUUCCUCGUCGCCCUCCUGGACGACCCGUCCAACUCGCACUUCAUCGCCUGGACCGGGCGAGGCAUGGAGUUCAAGCUCAUCGAGCCAGAAGAGGUUGCUCGCCGAUGGGGAAUUCAGAAAAAUCGACCAGCUAUGAACUACGAUAAACUGAGCCGGUCGUUGCGUUAUUAUUACGAGAAGGGGAUCAUGCAAAAGGUGGCGGGGGAGAGAUAUGUCUACAAGUUCGUCUGUGACCCGGAGGCCCUGUUCUCUAUGGCAUUCCCCGACAAUCAGCGUCCCGUGCUGAAGACUGACAUUGAGCGGCAAAUCAACGAGGAGGACACAGUCCCUCUGUCGCACUUUGACGAGAGCAUGGCUUACGUGCAAGAAGGGGGCUAUUGCAACCCCCACCCAUACAGUGAAGGCUACGUCUAUUAACGUCUGCCGACUUGGACCAUUCCGGUACUGUGUUUGUGGGGGACGUAGAAUUUUUUCGUUGCUCCUUCUGACCCCAUUUCUUCUCACAUCGCCACUGUUAUCCCAGGACGGAGAGUGCACUUUAACAACAAGGACUGACAGUGUAAGCUACCAGGCCAAGUUCAUAUCAUUGAUCGUGUUUAUAAAAGGGUAUUUGUAUAGGUCUGCCAUAUUCCUUAAAAAAACAAAAAAAAACAAAAACAAAAAAACAAAACAAAAAAGAAUGUUCAGAGAAAGUGUGAAAAAACUUUGAUUGUUA